CUCCAGAACAAGGCUGCGACUGCGUUGGCGCGCCGAGAAACUCCCCCAGAAAGCCUCUCCUCCAACACGCCCAUAGAGCAAUAAAGGAUACCUGGAGGAUUUGACGUUUCGCUUUUGCUGACACUGCGGGACUUUAAGAGCAAGUUGAGGCUCCUGGACCAGCGACACCAGCAGCUCAGCACCACCAGAGCCAAAAGCAACACACCCUCAACCUGAAGGAGAACCAGCCGGAAGUCAACAUGAGCAAAUGUCUGAUCAGCAAGGUGGAGGUGCAAGGCUUCAUCGAGCGGUGUAUGACAGGUGUGGGCACCAAGCAGCAUCAUGCCCGCAGCCUGGCCGAGGUGCUGGUGGAGGGGGACCACAGGGGCCACUACAGCCACGGACUCAACCGGAUGGACAUGUACGUUAAGGACAUCCAGACCGGAAUCUGUGCCAAGGACGGUGAGCCGGUGGUGGAGAAGGAGAGCGCCGCCACAGCUCUGGUGGAUGGGAAGAACCUGCUGGGUCCUGUGGUGGGAAACUUCUGCAUGAAUCUGGCCAUUAAGAAGGCCAAAGAAGCUGGCAUCGGCUGGGUGGUGGCACACGGUUCCAACCAUUAUGGUAUUGCUGGAUAUUACUCAAUGCAAGCUCUGAAGGAAAACAUGAUUGGCAUGUCCUUCACCAACACGUCUCCACUGGUGGUUCCCACACGUGGUAAAGAUUGCACUUUGGGCACAAACCCCAUCAGCGUGGCCGCUCCGGCUAAAGAUGGAGACAGCUUUGUUCUGGACAUGGCCACAUCAGCAGUAGCUCUUGGAAAGGUGGAGCUCCAUGAGCGGCGGGGGGACACCAUCCCUGAGGGCUGGGGCUGCGACGCCCAGGGGAAACUGACCACCGACCCUAAGAGGGUCCUGAGCGGAGGAGGGCUGGUGCCCGUCGGAGGCAGCGAGGCCACAGGAGGGUACAAAGGCUAUGGACUGGGGAUGAUGGUGGAAGUGUUCUGUGGCAUUUUGGCCGGUGCUCAGUACAGCAAUCAUGUCCGGACGUGGAAAGUAACCGACCGUGUUGCCAACCUGGGUCAGUGUUUCGUUGCAAUCAACCCAGAGAACUUUGCUCCCGGGUUUACCGACAGGAUGUCAGACCUCCUGUCCAUCCAGAGGGGGAUGGAGCCUGCUGACCCGAGCUGUCCAGUUUUGGCUGCUGGAGAUCCAGAGAGGAUGAACAUGAAGAAGUGUGAGGAGAUGGGCGGGAUCCCCUACCACAUCAAUGUCGUCAACUACAUGAACGAAUGUGCCAAGAGAGUUGGUGUCAGCCCGCUGCUGCCAUGUGACAAUCUCAUCUCCAACUAGUGGAUCCAGUCACGAGUCCCAGCGCGGGAAACCUUCAGCUUCUGCUCAACUUAAAGUUCACAUUGAGGUACAUGGGAACAAACCUUUGUACAUGCAAAUUGUUCACGUGUUGACAAUCAUAUCUUAUCCGUAUAACAGCACUUUCCAGGUAUUUUAAUCUCUUCUUUAACAUGUAACACAAAACAUUUCCCAUUUCCAUGACAUUUGUGACAUAAGACCAAAAAUAUCAACGUCUCUUUCUUCUGAAGGAACCUUUUGAAAUCGCUUUACUAUGUUUCUUGUGUCUCAAAAUACUGCAUCUAAAUUCUACAUUUUAGUUUAAGCAUGUUGCCAAGAUUAUGUAUUUUUGGGCAAUUAUUCGUCCAAAGCUGUUGGCUGGAUGUGAACGAGUUAAAGUCGUAGCGGUGCUGUUGAAAGAUGAGCUUGCUGGUUUGUUGUCACAAUAGUUCAGGUCGUUCCCUUUUGGUGAGCUGUUUUACUUUGUUGCAGUUAAAAUGCAGUACACUUUUUUUUUUAAACGAUAUAGUUAUCAAGCUAAACGUUCUUUUUAUACUGAGAAGAAUUUAAAAAUGACCAUGCGAAUGUUUGGCUUCUUUUACAGUUAAAAUUGUUUUACUCCAAUGUCAUAAAACAAAUGCCUUACUUAUGUGCCUUAUUCAAUAAAAGCCAUACAAACCCCAAA